AUGGAUGAUGAUAAUGAAUUUGAAAAAGCAGAAACCAAAAAGAUAAAAAAGAAAGUGAACAUAUUUUCUGAUGAUAUAAGCAUUGAAGCUGCAAAAGAAAUUGCCACGUCUUUCCCUAUCAGUAGUGAAGAGGACGAUGAAGAGGAAAUUAAUUUUGAUGGAUCACCAAUUGUUAAAUUCAGUAACAAACCAGGUACAGGGUCCGCGCCUCCAGUGCCAGAUUUAUCCGACCUGGCAGUCCCUGCAACUUCCCUCGCCUACCACGCCGGUGCUACAACUGCCAGUGUCUCCAUGGUCACAUCACAUACUUCCCAUGCUUCUCGCUCCAGUCCUGCUGCCACCAAUGUUUCCCUCAACAGUUCCGCUGCAUACGGAAGUGUGUCCAGUGCUGUGAUGUAUAGUCAUAACAGUCACAACAGAUCGAUGAGUCUGACAAUGGUUGGAGGGAACUUGAAAAGGCAGACAGAUUUGGACAAGCUACACCAGGAAAUUCAGUCUCUGAAACGCUCCCUACUAAGUGCCAAACGAGACAGAUGGGUGAAGCUGCCCAUAGAAGACACGCUCAGACGUAUAAUAAAAGGAGAGGAAUUCUCCUUAGAACUGUACAGAUCUCUAGAAGACAAACUGGAGUUAUUGGACAAAGCUACACAGAGGCAUGAUGGGAAUGCUAUUGUGACUGCCGUACUGUUCCUUCAUCGAACUGUAUCAAGACACAUUUUUACACGUGAAUUAUUGUCAAGACCCGUGGCUGCCAAUCAUUAUUUGUCCUACUUGAAGGCGCAUUUUGACCAUACUGAAUACAUUACCAUAUUGUCAUUGCUGGGUAGAGCAGAGGAAGCAGCCAUUUUUAAAUUUAAAUUGGCGGCACAGACAGUGGAUGUUGGAUUAAAGAUUUCCAAACUGAAAGAUAGCUUGAGAGAACAUUUCCAGACAGAUAAAACACUGGCAGCUGAUGCUUUGCUUGUCAGAGACUACAUUGAUCUUCUAGAAAGACAGAGACCUGUCGAU